UUUUGGUCAAUAGUAACUAGAUUUAAUCUCUUAAAUAUUUUAUUGCUAAGUCCUCUUCUUGACCAAACGUCCCGGCUAUAUAAUCAUCCUCUCACCAUGGUUCCAAGUUUCAACAGCAAAUUGGUUUAGUUCAAUAAGAUUUUCACAUUCACACAUCUUAAAGCUGCAAUGAAAACCGGGUCAGCAAAAUCCAACAUCCUCCUAUAUGUUUUUGUUCUCUCACUUGUCUUGUCUCCAAUACUUCCAUGUCAAGCCGCUAGUGUGCUUCUAGGAGGUGGAGGGCGUAAGCUGAUGGCGCCGUCACCACCAAUUCGCAUGUGUCCACAGUGUGUAUGUUGUGCACCGGCUCCACCUGAUUCUUGCUGCCCAUGUCGUUGUCCAGGCGGCGCCUGAAGACUGACGUUUGCUCUCAAUCAAAUGGGUUAUUUUGAUGUGUUAAAUAUGUGUAAUCUUUAUAAUAUGUAUAUAUAAGUAAAUAAAAAGUGUAAUCUUUGUAUUGUGAAUAAAAUAACCUUGGGUUAUGUUGAAUAGUUUUACUAUAAGCUAGUUUUGAUAGUAACACACUUUUAUACAUUGUUUUCU